AGGGGGUUGACCCUCGAGUCAACCGACCCUUCGACCUUCAGUCCAAUCUACAGUGUAAGUAGAGGAGGACUGAAGACUCUGACAAUGAAUCCCUUGCCCCUCACGAUGCAGGAACAAGAAAGGUGGGCACAUUGGUUUGGCGGUUGGGAAGCAAAUCACGACGGCUGAGAUGCAAGGUCCUGCGGUAGUACAUCAGAGGUGCAUUCACUACUGUACUGGAUCCCCACCCAGCUUGUAUCUACUCCGUACUCGAUCGCACGUUUCCCGGAGCCUUGACUCUCUAGAGACUCUCUCUCUCUCUCUCCCUUCCACGAUUCCUAUCGAUCCCCACGAGGCAUCCGUUCCGAUUGUGACCAGUCCAACCGGUGGAGUGCGAUACCUCGAGGGAGGACGACAGGAACCGGCGAUCGAGAUCCACUCCGAUGAGGUGGCCGAAGGGGGGAGGGGGGGGGAAGUCGGAUUCCAGAAGGUUUCAUUGGCAGUGGAGAGGGGAAAUUCGGUGUUUUUGUCAGCUGCGCAGUCCAAUGAUAAGGGGCAAUUGGGGGAUUUGGAAGGAUCAUCCCAACUGGUACGGCGUAAGGUUGCCAGCUCAUCCAGAGUGGGGGGGGUCUGUCAAGCCGGUUGGGAUUAGCGAGGUGAGCUACCAGAGUUGCUUAAUAUUAAUCCUUUUGCCCAAGGAUGACAACGGUGGGGAUCCGAC